AUGCUUUUGUGGGUGUCUCGGCUGGUCUCUGUGUUUCUGACUACUAGUAGUGUCUGUUUAUCUACAUCAUGGGCUUUUCAUGACUGCAUCGAGGCGUCGGUGCAGAUGCGCCAACGACGCGAGAACCACGUCGGCUUUCUGGCCGGUAGAUCACCCCUGUUGACAUCCCCACCAUGUGCUGGUGGCAUUUGUGUUGGCAUGAAGAACGGACCCCACCAAGGAGGGAAUGCCUCGUAUCCUGUCGCUUGGAAUGGAAUCAAUGGUACCUUUGUUCACUCUACAAUGACAGUUCCAGAGUACCCACGAAAGUUGGAUGGGAUCACAUACUACUUGUGGACCGACAUUUUCUUUGGAGACGGCGGAUUGGGUCGAAUGAACCAAUUUGUGCCCCAGCUCUUGUUGGGCGAUGUUUUGGAUGGCUCAUCAGGAUAUCCCGACUACAAACCCUCGUGGAAGCAUCAUGAUACAUGGGUCUUUGGGGCGCAUUAUUUCUUUGAAACUUGGAAUGCUACCUCCAACCGAACCAAUGCACAUGCGGCCUAUGGCAAGCUAUAUCCAACUUUUCCUGGAGAAACCUUGUACACUUCAUUUCAAUUAUUGACACAGAAUCCGCAUUCAUCAAACAAGGAUGAUAUUAUUACUCCACAGUGGAUCCUUACCAUGGGAGUGGUAGGCGACCAGACGCGUGUUUCCCGAUUGGUUGUUGAUCAGCCUUAUAUGGGCAUGGGAGCGCACUGGCAAAACCCCACCACAAGUUGGUUGGAGCCAUCGUACCAAAACAUGUGCAUCAAUGCCUGUUGGGAAAUCUAUGGAGCCUUCAAUGCAGCACAUUUGCCAUCGAGUGGAGGACACUAUAAUCUGACCAUUGCGCAGCCGUCCAGCAACAACAAUGAAGCAAAAUACAACUUUACGUAUUGGGUACGAGACGAAGGAAAUGGGGUUUGUCCUUGGUGCAAAGUCACAGAAUCCCACAAGGAUGCUGUCCAAACAGUAUUGAUCGAUGUAGGGGUGCGUAUAUCCGACAAUCAAUUGUCAUUCGGCAAGGCCACAACUGCUGUAGUAACCGGAUGA